AUUCUCCUUUAUUUCGAGAAGAUAUCUUCCGACAUCCAAACGGGCCGUUAAAACGGUUAAAAAAUCACGGGUGCGAAGCCAAUCAAACCCUAGAACGCGCGAACAAUUUGUUGGGUCCUGCAAAAUCCCCAAUCCGAGAUCGAAGAGACAUGGCGAGAUCAAUGAGUAGCACAGCGAGGCAAUUGGGACCGACCACCACCACAACAACCCUAACCCUAGAUCGCUCAUCUCCUUCCACUUCCUCUUCUACCCAGCCGCAUCAACAAGAACAACAACAACAACAACCGCCUCAGCCUCCGCAAACCCUAACUCUGCGACUCAAUCGCAAGAAGAAGAAGGUGACAUGGAAGGAAGGCACCGUCGAUAACGAGUUUCUUCAGAAGAAGAGCUCCAAGAAAUGCUGUAUAUUCCACAAGGAGAAGCCCUUCGACGAGGACGACAGCGAUGACGAAGUCAACGAUGGAGAUGGUCGUUCCAACAAGAAUCACGAUCAUGAUCACGAUCACGGUGAUGGUUGUUGUUCUAACAGUAAUGGAGGAAAUUGAUACCGAAACAAUGGGAGAAUUGUAUGAAUGAAUGUAUUUCAUAGAGGGACAAAGCUACUAGUUUUCUUUUGUUUUGUUUUGUGUUUUUUGUGUUUUUUUUUUUCAUUUGGAUAUUAUUAAGGAGAAUUGAGUUUUUAUUUUUUGAUGAAGUGGUGAAUUUUGUCUAUGAAUUUCAAAUCAAGAAUGUUUCGGUUUCCAUCGUCAUAUUGUAAGACUGUUCUAAACAGUAAUGGUGGAAAUUGAUAUUUGAAACAUCGGAAGAAUUGGAUAAAGCUAAUUUUGUUAUUGUUGAUUUUCUCUUUCAA